AUGACCGCUGCUCCAGGAGCAGGUUACUUUGACGACGAGGGCGCGAGAUACAAACGCCAGAGAAUCUCCUCUCCCUCACCAGCACAUACCGUUGUAUCAGACCCCUUCGAUGCGGUCACUACUAGCACAACAGCGGAACUGCCGCUACGACCACCUACCAUCGAUGAAUAUCCUAUCCACACACAACAGCAAUGUCGCAUCUUCCAACUCCCCUUCGAACUUCGCGAGAUGAUAUAUGGCAUGGCCUGCGUCAACGAUGGCGUAUCAGCAGUCAUGCGCAAGAGUACAAGUCGUCAUGCAAGUCAAGAUUCAGCCAAGGAGCCCGCCUUCCUGCGAAGCUGCAGGCUAGCGCGCUAUGAAGGCCAACCCAUCUUCUACCAGAAGAACGACUUUGUUGUCAGACGCCGCGACUCGCUCAACUUCCACCCUCGCCCAAUUGUCGAUGCACCAACCGCAUACCCGUACAGCUCUUUCAACACCGGAGUGCCCAGAUGGCUGGACAACAUGAGUAGCGAGAAGAUUGCAAAGAUCAAGACAGUGGUACUUGUGCAGAUUGCACGCGGAGUGUACAAAGACGCAUACAACGAAUGGCAUCGUGACGCGAGUGCUUGCUUCCGUCUGCGGUACUCUGCGAAACGCGACAGUGGCUACGAGAUCGAAUACCUCCGUGUCGACACGAGUGGACGGUCUGACAAGUAUGCCGAAAGACUUCGCGAGGCGCUCGAGAUGAGAAUGAACAAAUUGGUGAAGGAUAUGGGUACCAAGCAGUGGAACAGACAGUCAAUUUGGGACAUGGCGUAUCUUUUGUGA